CCCAGAGUUAACUCUUCACCUCGACUUUUCUUGCCCGGCGGUGUCGCUCCUUCCACCGCCGCAAAACCUUUAAUCCACGACGUCUUGUCCCCCUCAGACGCGCCACACGCGACCCACAACGAAACCGCCACGAUGUCCGCUCCCACUACAACACCGACAACUGCGGACGAGCGCUAUGAUGAUGAACUUCUUGAAGAAGACCCCGAUGUCUCUACAAAGCCUUUCGUCGAACAACGCGCCUUUGGACGCGGUCUCUGGAAGAACCCGAUCAAAUUCGUCUCCUCCGCCCCCGAAGUACAGCCACCUACCACGUCCACAAAUGGCAAGACCAUGGCCGAGAAGUACCUUGCGAUAAUGUUCCCAAACGGCCAGCCACAACCAGCACCUGAAGCAUACCCUCGGUGCGGCAUAUGCGGCGAACCAGUCAAAGAGACCGACCAGCGCAUACACUACCUAAGCCCUGCACACCAGGCGGCACUACCGCGAGCGCCCAUACCCUCCGCGAUCGACCGCACCAGAAUGGGACUGAAAUAUAUGGAGAAACACGGCUAUGAUGUCGAUGCGCGACAAGGCCUGGGUACGAGUGGUCAGGGCAUGCUAUUCCCACUGGUUCCCAAGGAGAAGCGGGACAAGCUAGGCUUGGGCAUAGACAAGAAAGAGCACAUCCAGAGGAAGUCACUAGGUGGCGCAAGCCGUGCAGAUGUUAAAGAGGGCAGGCUUGAUGCCGGCAAAGUUAGGAAGCUUGCCCAGGUCCAGAAAAAGAAGGACGCGAAGUUGCAGAGAAUGUUCUACGGCAAUGACGAAGUGGAGAAGUACUUGGGACAGCUGGAUGGCUGAAAGAAGACCGAUGACUGACGAUUCAUAACGACCGCAUCAUCGGUGUCCAUCGAAUACUCUGUCUUCGGGCCAUACAUCGACGGUCUGGCACGACGACUACGACGAAUGACCGAUCACCAUUUACGAGCAUACUGUUAAUUUUCCCAUAGACUUUGUU